AGCUGACCUGAGAUGCUCUGUUUGUCUGCUGGCAUCCUGAAAUACCACUAGAUUUAAAACACAGCCUCCGGGCCACAUAUUUGCAUCAGGAGGGGGAAUACAGGCUGCGCUGUUUUUUUGUGUGUGGAGACAAGGGAUACUAGAGCAACGUCCUGCAGGAUAAGGGCGCGCCUAAACUACCAGAUUCAUGUGUUGUGAUUGAUUACCCCCGUGCUUACGAAAAUCUUUCAUAGAUUUAGGAGAUAUGUUGCGGCGAGUUGUGCGACAGAGCAAGUUCCGUCAUGUUUUCGGUCAGGCCGUGAGGAACGACCAGUGCUACGAUGACAUCCGUGUGUCCAGGGUCACAUGGGACAGCUCCUUCUGUGCCGUCAACCCCAAAUUUGUUGCUAUCAUCAUAGACGCCAGCGGGGGAGGAGCCUUUCUUGUCCUUCCUCUACAAAAGUCUGGCCGUAUAGACAAGGUCUACCCUACAGUAUGUGGCCACACAGGCCCUGUGUUGGAUAUCGACUGGUGUCCUCAUAAUGACCUCGUCAUUGCUAGCGGCUCGGAGGACUGCACGGUCAUGGUUUGGCAGAUCCCUGAGAACGGACUUGAGACUCCCCUUUCAGAGCCUGUGGUCGUGUUAGAGGGCCACUCCAAGCGGGUCGGCAUUGUGUCCUGGCAUCCCACCGCUCGCAACGUUCUCCUCAGUGCAGGGUGUGACAACCAGAUUAUCAUUUGGAAUGUGGGCACGGGAGAGGCCAUGAUCAACCUGGAGGACAUGCACCCUGAUGUUAUAUUUAGUGUCAGCUGGAGCCGCAAUGGCAGCCUACUGUGCACCGCCUGCAAGGACAAGAAGGUCCGUGUCAUCGACCCCCGUAAACAAAAGGUUGUUGCGGAGAAGGACAAAGCACAUGAAGGAGCUCGACCAAUGAGAGCAAUCUUUUUAGCAGACGGAAACAUUUUCACCACUGGAUUCAGCCGCAUGAGCGAGCGCCAGUUAGCCCUGUGGAAAACUGAAAACAUGGAUGAGCCAAUAUGUGUUCAAGAGAUGGACUCCAGUAAUGGAGUUCUGCUGCCCUUCUAUGACCCCGACACCAACAUAGUCUACCUGUGUGGAAAGGGUGACAGCAGCAUUCGGUACUUUGAGAUCACUGAUGAGGCACCGUUUGUUCACUACCUCAACACCUUUUCCACGAAGGAGCCCCAGAGAGGCAUGGGAUACAUGCCCAAAAGAGGUCUGGAUGUCAACAAAUGUGAAAUUGCAAGGUUUUACAAAUUACACGAGAGAAAAUGUGAACCAAUCAUCAUGACAGUCCCGCGCAAAUCGGAUCUGUUCCAGGACGACCUGUACCCCGACACAGCCGGGCCUGAUCCCGCCCUGGAGGCAGAGGAGUGGUUCGCAGGGAAGAACGGAGGCCCCAUCCUGAUCUCACUCAAAGAUGGAUACGUCUCCACGAAGAACCGAGAUCUGAAAGUGGUCAAGACGAACGUCUUGGAGACCAAGCCAGCCUCAAAAGCAGAAAACAUCCCGACUGUCCAGAAGCGUGUUUUUCCUCAGCCCUCAGUAAAAAUGGAAGAUAAACUGGAAGAGGUACUUCGAGAGUUCAAGUCACUCAGGGACCGUGUCAUUCUCCAAGACCGUCGAAUCGCCAGACUGGAAGAGCAGGUUGCCAAGGUUGCCAUGUAAAGGCACGGCCCCUUCCCACGACCGUCCGUAGUUUUGGAGAGUGUCGAGUGGACGGGGUCGGCCACAGCCAAAUUCUCGAGAUUCGGCUUCAUUGAGCUUGGCGUCGUCCCUGCGAUGAGACCAAGCCUACAUUCCAAUAAGUCUCCAGUUUCACACUUUCGCCCCGACACACACUCAGAAACGGAAAAACUCUUGCAGCUCACGUAUACAUUUGAAGAAAAGACAUUUUUGUUGAAGGAAAAGUCUUAACUCUUUUUUGUUUUGUUUUCAAAUUUGUGGUAAAACAUUCUUAUGUGAAGUUUGUACUUACUACUCAAAAACUGUAUGUAGCAUCAGUAUUUCCAUUGUUACUUUUUGUGUUGCCAAAUAUGAGUCGUGUGUUUUUUCAUGCACUGCUUUUACAUUGACUUUCUCUCCUGUUAUACAUUCCAGUGAAAACCUAGUAGAUUGAUUUAGUCAAGCUGGAUUUUUUUUUUAACAAUAGCUGUUGAACUUUUUUCCUCCCACCAAUUUGCUCAUUCAUAACCAUCAGAUUUAUGAAUGUGAAAGAAUUCCUGAAUUCUUAAAUUUGUUUCCGUUCUUCUGGGCUUCAAAUUUAACAUUAGGGUUUUACUGGGGGGGAGGGUUGCAUCUCUCUGGUGUAAAUGUUGUGCAAAUGUAGUGGUGCCUCUUGUCACUGUUAAGGGUCAAACUAAAGUCGCCCUCUCUGGUGCGUAUUUGGUGUUGGGAAGGGACCACUCACCCAGCUCUUGUUUCACUGAACCUCUGACAAACAGUUCUGUGCACAAAAUAAAGAUUUUACACAUGAA